GACAAGUUUGCACACGCUGUAGCGCGCGCUGCGCUCCACAGCUACCACGGUGUGGAAGUUUCUCGCUCAUCUAGCCUACUAUGGCAAUACUGGACGUCUACGUUCAACUUCCCUUCAUGUCUCCUGAGAGCACCAGAAGAUGAGAGGUUACCAGGCCAUUAAGUACAUUCUUUUUUUCUGCUGCUACAUAUUUUGGGUCGCAAGUGCUGUCUUGAUUGCUGUUGGAAUCUAUGCAAAGAUAGCCAAAGAGAAAGAUGCCGUGGACACUUUGAUGACGGACCCGGCUCUGCUGCUCAUAGUCGUCGGGUCUUUGAUGUUGUCGAUCACCUUCUUCGGCUGCUGUGGGGCUCUGCGCAACGCCACUGCGCCACUGAAGCUGUUUUCAGGGAUUUUGCUGGUAAUUUUCCUAAUUCAGAUUACUGCUGGUGUGUUGGGAUUUCUCUACUCUGACUUGGUGUUAGAGAGGACGGAGCAGUUGAUGAGGAAGGCCAUUGUGCGAUACCGUGAGGAUUUGGACUUAGAAAACCUCAUUGACUUCAUACAGAAAAAGUUCCAAUGCUGUGGCGUGCACUCCUACACAGACUGGCACGCCAAUGUGUACUUCCAGUGUGAGGAGAGCAACCCCAGUCUGGAGGCCUGCGGAGUGCCCUUCUCCUGCUGCAGGAGGAACAGCAACGAGACGGUGUUCAACACUAUGUGCGGCUACAAGACCCAGAGCAUGAAGGAGAUGAAGGCUGUGCAUGACAUCUUCAUCAUCGGCUGCCUGGACAAGAUCGUCCGCUGGGGGAAGAACAACCUGUUCCUGGCGGGAGGCAUCACCGUGGGGCUUCUCUGUUUGGAGUUGUGUAUGAUUUGCUUGGCCUCAGUGCUGUUGUCUUGCAUCAGAAAGACACUGAAGAAGAAGAAACUCCUCAACCUGAGAAACUCGUGGAGACAGAUGACAAGAUGACAACGCUCUCCAGGCACCUCCCACCUCAGGAUACCUCACUCUUUUUGAUUAUGGAGAUCGCAUGACACACACCUACAAACACACACCUACAAACACACAUCUAUAAAAGAAACGUCUUUACUCAGAGACUGCAAAGUUGACAAAGUUUUUUUCUUUAAAUCCAUUUGAAUCCUUUUGUGCCAGUUUAGCAAAAGAAGCACCUUAAUUGUGAAUCACCAUUUUGAAGGCAGAAAUAUUGCUGAAACUACUCUGCAAUGUUGAAAACUACUGUGACGUUUUGUUUUUUGUUGGUACACCAGCAAGAGAAUGUCAGAACAUGUGGAAAUUGGGAUUGUGGUAAACUGUCAAUUUUGUACACAAUUUCAUAUUGCUGAAACUACUGCUAUAAUGAAACUACUGUGAUAUCAGUCAGAACCUGUGGAAAUUGGGACUGUGGUUAACUAUUUCAAUAUACUUAAAACCAUAGUGAUUUCAGCAAUAACCUGACACAGCCUAAGGCUAUUUACUCAGGCAUGCUAGAUGAAUCAUACAUAACUUGUCAGAUCUCUCUCUGUUGUUGCUGUUUACAAAAUAAUGGACGAUCUGUCAGUUGCCCUCUGUGUAAUAUUCAAAUUCCUACAAUAUUUGUUGCCACAAAAGCACUUGUUUAGUAAGCUUACCAUGUGUGUGAAUGUGUGAAUUAAUAGCAAUAAAUAUUAUUACUGAAACCCUAA